AUCAAAUGCAGUCAAAUAUUUCAAUAUUUCAUUUUCAUCAAUUUUGAAGCAAAUUUUGAAGGAAUAAUUAAUUGCAUUUCCUAGCUCUUUAAAAUACUAUUCACACUAACCUCGCUGAAGUGGUUAUAAAUGGCUUUCAACCGUCGUUUGUCAUUUGUAGCAGAAUGGUACCAGGAGGAAGCGGCUAUCAUACGAACUUUUACUAUAUGCUUUUAUCCAACGGGUAACGCUAUCGAAGUGUACGAUCAACAACAUAAACGUACUUUUCUACGACGUACUAAAAUGCCUGAAUUAUCGGAGAGAGAUUUUUUCAUUGGUUCGAAAAUUAACAUUUUUGGAAGACAAUUCGAUAUUGUUGAUUAUGCCGAUGAUAUAACGAAAAACACUCUCGACAAAUAUCGCAAAAAGACUUUUAUACUGCUUAAGCACAUUUGUACUCAACAUUUAGGCACCGUGCUUUGUGCUCUGAUCGAUAGCAACUUUAGUAUAAAUAGAGGGCUUAUGGUGCAGUUUACACCCGAACAAGUGAAAGAUUUUUUAAGUAAUAAACGAAUUGUUGAAGCAUCGAGCAUGCUAAUGAACCAACUAAUUGGUGGCCCAUCAAUGGGUUUCGAAGUUAUUGCUGAUAAUGCAGUGCAAAAAAUUAAAUUAUGCAAAGAACAAAACAAAGAUAUUGUUAGUGACAAUACGGUUGCUGCUUUAAUAACAUUAUUCGAAAGAGAAGAUAUUCGUAUUGGUAUUUACUGCCCACAUGAUGAAGCGGAAGCAGACCAGGAUCUUAAUUUCUUUUUCAACCCUAAAAAUGGAUUGCAAGCCACACUGCGUUUGAAAAACUCAACAUUAGGAAUCAUUAAGCCGCACUGCAUUAAAGAUGGAAAUUUAGGUCGAAUAAUAUCAGAGAUAACAAGUAAUGGUUUCAAAAUAACAGGCCUGCGCAUGAACUUAAUGGAACGUGUAAACUGUGAAGAAUUCUUCGAAGUAUAUCGCGGUAUACUGCCCGAAUACAUUCCAAUGGUGGCACAACUGGCCAGCGGUGUUAGUAUGGCGUUGGAAAUCAUUGCAGCAGAUGAAAAUAAAAACAGUUAUGAAGAAUUUAGGAAGUUCUGUGGGCCAAUGGAUCCGGAAAUCGCAAAAAUGUUGCGUCCACAUACUUUACGUGCCAAGUUUGGAGUUAGUAAAACAUUAAAUGCCGUUCAUUGUACUGAUUUGCCUGAUGACACAGUUUUGGAAUUGCAAUAUAUCUUUAAAAUUCUAGAUUAGAAAACAUUUACAUUUCAUAUACAUAUUUUAUAUAACUUUGUACAAAUCAAUAAAUUAGGACAUUUUAUUAUAACGUA